AUGGAAGAUCUCAAGGGCCCCACUGUUUCAUCGUUCCUGUCCGGGAUGAAAACGGGCUUAUACCCAGGAGUGACAGCUAUUGAUAUGAUGUACAAAGAAGGUCUGCAAGGUGUGGAUAAUGGGAUUUUAAUAUUUGACAAGGUUCGGAUUCCCAGGGAGAACCUGCUGGACAAGUUUGGUUCUGUGGCUCCAGACGGACGGUACCAUUCACCUAUUAAGAACAAGAGUGCAAGAUUCAAUGCGAUGCUGGCAGCACUGACCCCUUCACGAUUAGCUGUGGCUUUCCAAGCUAUGGGUGCCAUGAAGCUCGGGUUGACGAUAGCCAUUCGCUAUAGCCACAGCCGGAGGCAAUUUGGGCCCAAAGCCAAGGAAGAGGUGAAGAUCAUUGAACACCAACUGCAGACCCUUCGGCUGAUGCCUCACCUGGCCACAGCCUUGGCUCUGACCUUCGCCAGCAGGUAUGCUGGGGCCCUCCUGGACAAGGACAUCUUCCAGGGGAAGGAGCUGAUCAACAGCCGCUCGCUGCAGGCCCUGGUGGCAGGGCUGAAGGCCUAUAGCACCUGGGAGAACAUCAGCUGCCUGCAGGACUGCCGCGAGUGCACCGGAGGCAUGAUUGUGGGGCGGGAACUGCUGACCCAAUAUACCAAACACCAUGAAGAAAAGCCAUUCUCUGGCCUGCUCCAAAACUGGGCUGAGUCUAUGGGUGACAAGCUGAGAACCAGUUUCCUGGCAUUUAACGUGGACACAGUCGGUAAUCUCGCCUUUCUGUUGAAAGCAGUGAAUUUUCGUGAAAGGGUUCUACAGCGAGGUUUGGUGGCCAGAAUUUAUUAUAAGGUGAUGACUAAGAAGGAGGACUUUUUCCACGCCUGGAACUCGUGUCUGCACCAUGUGGCUUCCCUGUCUCUGGCACACACUCACCGAGUGACCUUAGAGCAGUUCUCCCUGGCAGUGAAGCGCUGUCCUGACCAAGAGGACCGGGCUUUGUUAAUGAAGUUUUGUCUGUUAUAUGGGACCAGGUUGGUGUUCCAGGAGCGGGCCUGGUAUUUAGAACAUAAAUACUUGACUCCCACCACCAGUACAAGGAUCCGGAGUCAGUUGCUGGAUUUGUGCGACUCGGUGAAAGAUGAUGCCCUGAGGGUGAUCUCUGCCUUUAACAUUCCACACACCAACCUCCACGCACCAAUCGCCGGAAUCCCCAACGCGCGGGCCGCCUGGGCCUUCUACCCUUCGCCACUGCAGCCGCUGGCCCGGGACCGGGCGCACUCCCAGAGGCCAGAGCUGGGAGCCAAGCUAUAA